CUGGUUUUUCUUCUGCCUCAGCGAGAUCCCGUCGCGCCCCCCCCCCGCCAUUCCAAGUCCGGCCGGUCUGAGGCCGAGGAGACGGCGACAGCGGAGGCCCGGAGGCGGGAAGCUGACCGGCGAGAAGCCGCGGACCGCCUCCGGGAAGCCGAGGAGGCUGCCCAGGAGGCCGUCCGGGUUCGCCAGGCUGAGAAGGCCGCUCGGGAGGAGGCCAGACUCCGCCGGGCCGGGGAGUCCGUCCGGGAGGCAGAGGCGGCGCGCGCACGCCAGGCGGCCUGCCAAACCCCCGACCCGACUCCGCCCGAGGGGACGACAACUUCCGAGGCCACCCACGACGAGGCCGCGGGCGUGCCGCUCGGGCCCGACCCCUCGGGCGACACUUGGGACGAGCCAGCUUCGAGGGACGCCCCCGAGUCCGGCACGUCUUCCGCUGCCCCACUGAGCGUGGAGCCCUUCCUACAGGCCUUGGCCGCCGCGAACAGCACGGUGCUGGACGGGUUAAGUGCCCAGAUGGAGGCCCUGCAGGCGGAGCGGGCGGAGCUCGACACGGCGUGGGCGCGCGUCGAGGAGGGGCGGCGCUCGGUGGAGGCCAUGGUGGAGGCUGGCCGCAAGGCGCACCACCGGCACACCUCACAGCUCGAGGCCCGUCGUAGGGAGCUGGUGGAGAUCGCUAGGGAGGUGGAGGAGGAGCGGGAGACUGCCCUCAUCGCCACCGCCGUGCUCGACGAGGCGCGGGACGACCUCCGCCUCCAAUACGGGAGCCGGGCGGCGGAGCUAGAGGAGAAGCUCGACGCCGCCCGGGGAGUCCUUGAUGCCGCCGCUGCACGGGAACGGCGGGCGGCGGAGAAAGAGGCGGCGUCCCGCCAGCGCGAAGAGGCCCUUGAGGUUCGCGCCACGGCGCUGGAGGAGCGUGCCCGCGCCCUGGACGUGAAGGAGAGAGACCUGGCGGACCGCGAGGCCGCCGUCGCCACCCGGGAGGCAACACUGGCGUCGCACGAGGCCGCCUGCGCCGAAGAGGAGUCCGCACUCCGCCUCCACGAGGACGCGCUCACCGAACGGGAGCGAGCUCUCGAGGAGGCCGAGGCCGCGGCGCAGCGGCUGGCGGACAGCCUGUUCCUCCGCGAGGCAGCGCGGGAGGAGCAGGCACGCCGCAAACUGGAAGGCGCCCGCGCCGAGAGGGCCGCACUGGAUCAGCGGGCCGCUGAGCUCGAGGCGCGGGCGAAGGAGCUGGACGCGAGAGCGCACAGCGGCGGGGCGGCCGCGGGCCACGGCGACCUAGCCGCCCGCCUCGCAGCCGCCGAACACACCAUCGCCAAGCUGCAGGGCGCGCUGGACUCGUCCGCCGGGGAGGUCGAGGCCCUCCGCUUGGCGAGUGAGGUAGGGCCCGGCAUGCUUCGGGACGCCGUCUCCCGUCUAGACCGCGCCGGGCGGCAGGCGGGUCUCUGGGGCGGGCGGCACGCGAAGUACGCCGCCAACCAGGGGGGCCUCGCCCAGUGCCUCUCAGAGAUGGCCGGGGCCCUCCAGCGGCUCCCCGAGGAGCUCGAGGAGACGAUCAAGUCAUCCUCGAGGGACCUCGCCCGGGGGGCGGUGGAGCUCGUACUGGCAAGCUACCAGGCCAGGGACCCUGACUUCUCCCCGUGGGCAGCGCUGGAAGAGUUCCCUCCCGGAACCGAGGAUGGCGCGCGCGCGCGGGUCCGGGACGCCGCCGACUACAUCGUCCACAGCUUCGAGGGUACGGCCCCUCGGCUCGCGUUCGCGCUCGACUCCGACGAGGAGGGCGGUGACGACGGUGCGGACGACAGCGGCGACGAGGCCGACGGCCCGGGGGCGCCGGAGUGAGCCCCCAGGCCCCCGCCAAUCUUAAUAACUUCUCCUUCUUCUUCCGAGGCCUUCGGGCCCCCUUCUUGUAUAGACUGAUUUAAUCUGUAAUCAAAUAAAGAGGAAAUUUCUACGUCAGUUAUGUUUGUUAUGUGUAUGAGACGAGGAUGGUCUGUGCCGCGGUCCUUCUGUGUCUUGGCUUGAACGAGGGCUCGUGCCCAGGUCCCAACCUCAAGCGGCGCGGGUCGGGGCUAGUGCCUGGGGAGAUCCGCGUGUCG